CUGCACUUCUUUGCAAAUGCUGAGUGUCCUAUUCAAUUCGGCGAAAAGGGUAUACUUUUUGUUAAUCGGCGAGAUGGUCGGGCUACAGGUGAUGCCUUUGUCAUUUUCUCCGACGAUGUUUUGGCUAAAAGAGCCCUGAAGAAUCACCGCCAGCAUAUUGGAAAUAGAUAUAUUGAAUUGUUCCGCUCCACUCCAGCCGAAGUCAACCAGUGUUAA